AUGUCGCAACCAUUGCCCGCAGCAUCGUCAAAAGAGGAGGAUGAAAUCCCUAUCCCCGAGCGCCCUCCAUCUCCCCCACUUCAUACCACAUUUGCCGCUCGAGGCAUACAUCCGCCUACCUUUUCUGCAUUCAAACCGCGCGACUACCGCUUUACGAGUUCGCAAGCCAUGACUCACGUUGCAUGGAGUUGUGACGGAAAGAAGCUGGCUGCUGUGGGCAUCGAUAAACUGACGAGGGUAUGGAACCCGGAGAAGAGUAUGGACUCGAGGAGUGCGAGUGUGUACUCUGGCGGGCACUCAGACGACGUUGACUAUGUGUCUUGGAACCCCACCCACCCUGAAUUAUUUUGCACUUCAAGUACAAGAGACAGACGCAUAGUAUUCUGGGAUGCACGGCAAAGUCGAUAUACUCAACAGGUUUCAGUGAAGGUUCCGCCUGCUCAGACGAUCUAUACACCCGACGGUCGAUCUUUAGGCUAUAUUUCCGCGAUGAACCAACUUUUUUUCUUGAAUUACGGAAAGUCUAGUGAGGAAUCUUCGAAAGAAGAAUGGCACAUGUCCAAUCUCGAACCUCAAACAGCCAACUCCAUAGUGUUCAGUGCAACUGGAGAAUCACUUGUGCUUGCCUAUCAUGGAAACCAUACAUUGUGCAUCAUGGACUAUCCUUCGCUCAAUGUUGUAGACAAACCGCCUGCUCAUGUUGGCGGUUGUCUCGCUGUUGCUUUGGAUCCUCGUGGACGGUAUCUUGCGUCAGGGGGCUACGACUCCAUCAUCGACUUGUUCGACUUGGAUGAAUGGAUCUGCGCACGUACGAUAUCGGCAUGCGAGAACGUUAUCAACGCACUUAGUUUCUCACACGAUGGAGAAUAUUUAGCCGUUGCUAGUGCUGGUUCAUACAUCGACAUUUGCGCCACAGAGACCGGUGCACCACUACAUCGUGUGCCUGCACUCGCACCGUCUCCUACGGUUUCCUGGCACCCCUCUAAAUAUGUGAUUGCUUAUUGUGGGCAAACCAAGGCCAAAGAAAAUCCAACAGUUGCUCCUGUUGCCGUGAUCAGUAUGUUCGGACUCUUGGAGUGA